AUGGAUAAAAGGGCCGGUCUCGGAUCGGACCAGGAAGAAGUUGACGAAGCUGAUGAAUUGGCCUCGGCAACACCGCUCGAAAAACCGCCAGCAAGGUAUAAUAAUCUAGCGACAGCAUUGGGCGCAAUCGGCACCCUGGGCGGCAGUAUCACGUACGCGACAUUACUACAGCUCGGCGUGAAUUGCAACGAUCAGACCAUCCGAAGCCUUCUUGGAUAUGCCUCCGUUCUAUUCUUCGGCAGCCUGUUUACAAGCGUACCUGUCAUUCUGGUCGUGGGGGACGCCGACGAGAACCAGGAUUUACCCUCCCGUACAGUUUGGGUUCUGUGGCUCCAGCUAUUCUUUGCCGCGAUUAUGGAUUCCGUGGCUUAUAUUUGUUUGCUGCUGGUCGUCCUGCAGAUUGCCCUACCAGGACCGUAUUUUGUUGGAUUUGCAAUUUCCGUCGCUGCCGUGCUUUGGUGUAUGAUUGCGCUAUUGGGGUUGAUUCGUCUCUAUGCCUUUAUCCAUCAGAUCCUUAUUUUUGCAAUCCUGCUUAUUGUUACGGCCCUAGUGCCCGUGAACAAAAUUCCGCUCGUCAAUCACUUGAACAGGACGCAUCCGAAUGAUUCUUGCUUUUCUCCACCUCCAGCUGUUAACUGCUGUUGCUCAUUUAAUACUACCAUCGAGGUCGACCCUACCAUUGAGCUCAAUCUCACUGAUCCAGGGUGA